AUGACUUGUCUCUCAACAACUCAAUACUCCCUAAUGAUCAAUGGUGCUCCUACUAAGUUAAUUCAGCCUAAGAGAGGCCUUAGAAAAGGAGAUCCCCUCUCUCCUAUUUUGUUUACAUUGUGCAUGGAGUAUUUCUCCAGAGCUAUGAAGGCUGUGGGGUCUCACCCUGAUUUCCAGUUCCACCCAAGAUGCAGAAGCUUGAGACUCAACCAUCCAUGUUUUGCUGAUGAUUUACUUAUGUUAUGUAAAGGAACCCCUGAGGUUGUCCAACUCAUGUUGGAUGGUUUUCAUUGCUUCUCCAACACCACAUGCCUGCAAGUCAACCCCAAUAAAUCUUCCCUUUUCUGUUCUGGGAUGAACUCUCAACUCCAAAAUCACAUUAUUCGGCUGUCAGGGUUCAAUGUUGGUUCUAUUUCGUUCACCUAUUUAGGUGUUCCCAUCAGUGCUAAGAAAUUGAGAGGGGUUGAAUGUGACUUACUUAUUGAAAAAAUGGUGGCAAGAAUUAAGAUUUGGAGUUCCAAGCACAUCUCUUUUGCUGGAAGGAUUCAAAUUGUCAAUUCUGUUCUUAUGAAUCUUAUCUGUGGUUUGGAUCAUAUGCUGACAAUAGACCGGGUGUUGUGGCUUGGGACAAGCUCUACUACACCAAAAGAUAGGAAUCGGGAUCAGUACACAGCUCCAAUUACUGCAAGUUGGGCUGUGAAAAUUGUUUGCAAGGUUAAGAACAUAUUCAUUGGGAAGUUACAAUAUUCUGACUGGCUCACUGUUAACAAGUACUCCAUCAAAGGAAUGUACCAGAACAUGUGUGAGGCUAAGCCUAAGACCCACUGGGCUAAACAGGUGUGGAACAUGUACAAUGUUCCAAGACAUAGAUUCACUAUGUGGUUAGCUAGCCAAGACAGAUUGAAGACAAAGGCUAGAUUGGUUAAAGUUGGCAUUGGUGUUGAUAGCCAAUGUGUUUGGCUGGGCCUUUGUGGUCAUGGGAGUGAUCUCCACAUAACUCUGUGUUGGCUAAGAAGGCAAGUUUGGGAUGCCAUGGUGCCUGCUGCUCUGCAGACAGUGAAGAGAGUCCAGUUGGACACCAAAGGUAGAAUUCAACAGCUGAUUAGGAAGAAAGUCAAGUCUUCAGAUUUAGAUUGGUUUAGUGCUUUGUGA